UAAAAUUUCUUGAAGUAAUCAAGCCCUUCUGUGUUAUCUUGCCUGAAAUCCAAAAGCCAGAACGGAAGAUUCAGUUUAAGGAAAAGGUACUAUGGACAGCUAUCACACUCUUCAUCUUCUUGGUAUGCUGCCAGAUUCCCUUGUUUGGUAUCAUGUCAUCAGACUCAGCAGAUCCUUUCUACUGGAUGAGAGUGAUUUUGGCAUCAAAUAGAGGUACGUUGAUGGAACUGGGCAUUUCACCUAUUGUCACUUCUGGGCUCAUUAUGCAGCUCUUGGCAGGUGCUAAGAUAAUUGAAGUUGGUGACACCCCAAAGGACAGAGCUCUAUUCAACGGAGCACAGAAAUUGUUUGGAAUGAUCAUUACAAUCGGACAGUCUAUUGUCUAUGUAAUGACUGGAAUGUAUGGAGACCCAUCUGAGAUGGGUGCUGGCAUCUGCUUGCUUAUCACAAUUCAGCUUUUUGUUGCUGGAUUGAUAGUUCUGCUCUUGGAUGAGCUCCUACAGAAAGGAUAUGGUCUUGGUUCUGGCAUCUCUCUCUUCAUUGCUACCAAUAUCUGUGAGACUAUUGUGUGGAAAGCAUUCAGCCCCACCACAGUGAACACAGGACGAGGCAUGGAAUUUGAGGGAGCCAUCAUUGCUCUGUUCCAUCUUCUGGCUACUCGUACAGACAAAGUCAGAGCUCUUCGUGAGGCCUUUUACCGUCAGAAUCUCCCCAACCUUAUGAAUCUGAUUGCCACCAUCUUUGUCUUUGCUAUUGUAAUUUAUUUCCAGGGCUUCAGAGUGGAUCUUCCUAUCAAAUCUGCUCGCUACCGUGGCCAAUACAACACCUACCCUAUCAAGCUGUUCUAUACUUCCAACAUUCCCAUUAUUCUUCAGUCCGCCCUGGUGUCAAACUUGUACGUCAUUUCCCAGAUGCUUUCUGCACGCUUCAGUGGCAACUUACUGGUUAGCCUGCUGGGCACUUGGUCUGACACAUCAUCUGGAGGUCCUGCUCGUGCAUACCCAGUUGGUGGACUUUGUUAUUAUCUGUCACCUCCGGAGUCCUUUUCUUCAGUGUUAGAGGACCCUGUACAUGCAGUCGUUUAUAUUGUAUUUAUGUUGGGCUCCUGUGCUUUCUUCUCUAAGACAUGGAUUGAAGUCUCUGGCUCCUCUGCCAAAGAUGUUGCCAAACAAUUGAAAGAACAACAAAUGGUAAUGCGGGGCCACAGAGAAACUUCCAUGGUACAUGAACUAAACAGGUACAUCCCUACAGCUGCUGCAUUUGGUGGUCUCUGUAUCGGCGCCCUCUCUGUGCUGGCAGACUUCCUUGGCGCAAUUGGGUCUGGAACUGGAAUUUUGCUAGCUGUCACUAUCAUUUAUCAGUACUUUGAAAUUUUUGUAAAGGAACAGAGUGAAGUUGGCAGUAUGGGAGCUCUUCUUUUCUAAAUCUAGCUUCUCGUGGACCCAGGAAAGAGGGGAAGAACAUUCUCAAAAUAUAGCCAGUCAGGUGAAAAGAAGUAACAUAAACUUGAUAAUGUCAUUCUAUAAGAACACAUAUUUUAAUAAUGUUUCCAAAGCGCAUUCCAUUAUGUUCAAACUUUUCUAGCAUACUGUUUGCAUUUUGUAAAUUCAUGAGGAAAGAUGUGCAAAAAAAAUUUUUUUAAGAAAAUUGUUUUUUAAUUAUGUGUUAGGAGAAUCAGCUUUCUGAAUUGGAUUUAGUUCAGUGACUCUUGAAUUUAUUUUUUUUUUUAGCCCCU